AUGAUCAAGCCGAUCAAGCAGCCUCUGGAACGGGAAGACGAUCAAGAGAAGAUGAAGCAGCAGGAGAAUGACAAGGCCAAGCAGGAGGAGCAGCGACCCAAGCCAAUUCUACUGCCAGCCGGGGGUCGUCGUCCAGGUUCCAGGCCGAAGAUGGUUCGCUUCUCUUCCUCAGCGGAGGACAUUCUUCCCGACGGCACCCGACGGCGGAGUGAAACCCAUCUUAGCGAUGGCCGAGGGGGCUAUGUUGAGUUCGCGUAUCUCGAAGCUUUCCACAAGGCAAACCGGUGGCUAAACCAGAGGGGAAAAACCGAGAAGAAGAUCCGCAGCUUGGAAGAGGAAAAGCGCGAGGAAACAGAAGAGGAGAAGCACGAGGAAAAGUCUUGGAGUGUUAGCGCGCUCCGGAUUCUGAUCAGACUCACCGAGCAGCUUUACGAGGAGCUCAACGGCAAAUCCAGCGACCGAGAGAGGAUCAAGCGAGCGCGGAAGAUGAUGAGGCUCCAGAAAAUGCUGGAUAGGAUCCCGAGUGAGAGGAAACCGUGGAAGAAGCUUCAGUCCGGCGAGGUGGUCUUCGUGAAGGAGGCAAAAGAACUAUAUGAUCGUGCGGGGAGAGAUUUUGUUGCCGAAUUCAAGAGGAGACAGAGAGCUGAAGUGAACGAUGAGUGUUUGUUUUGUCGGAACCAUGAUGGCGAGAAGAUGAUCGGCCGGGCUGGAGCGAACUCUAAGACGACUAGACCCUGGGUUUACCUGAGAAGAGAACACGAGCAAACUGUUCUAAGCACGUCGAAGAAACGAGAGAUGAAGUUGGCUCCGAGCUCGAGAAGUUGGCUGCAAGGAUUGGUCAACUGGAGGCCAGUGCUCGGACUCUAGCAUCGGAGAAGCCAACUCUCAAGAGUCAAAUCCAGAAGUUGGAUCUCCAAGCAAGUUGAGCAGCACAGGAGGAGGCCACUAAAGCUAUAGACCAGUUAAGUCGAGAGAAGAUCGACCUUCUCGAGGACUCGACUCCAAAGAUUUGCAACUGUCCAAGACGUGAAAGCAGUGCGUGACAACCGUGUCUCAGGGCUCCAGGCGGAGAAGUCCAUCACACUUCAGGCGUCUAAACAGGCCAGCGACCAGCCUCCACACUCUUCUAAGUCAAGAGAAGAUCAAUGGAUCAAGUUUGACUACACUCUACAGUGUCUGGAGCAAGGAGGGAUCUAUCUUAUCAGCUUUCCAGUCGACGGAGAUGAGACAGGAGAUACUGCUGCGGUAUAAUGUUCACAGCUUGAAGGAAUAGUAGCAAGGGAACGACUGCAACGAGAUGGUGAUAGCGAGAAUAUGAUAUAGCUGAAGCUGCUCGUGACGGUGGGGGUAUUCGGAUUCACAGAGAGGGCUGCAGAGACUAUAAGACAGACUACACUCGACGUUCUCUGUCAUCUGGUAGAGCUCUCUAGUUGACGGAGACUUUGAAAACGGGUCAGGGCUGUCCAGGAAUGCUCGUACAGCCGCUCGGAUGAAAGUAUCAGCAAAGAACUCAGUGUCAGAUUGCUUCAAGGGAAAUCAAAUCCAAAAGUUGGAGCGGGAAAACUCGGAGCUGUGGCCAAAUAUCCAAGCAAGUCGAGCACCACAGUAGCAGGUCACUAAAGCGUCAAGUCUGAGCUAAAGACCAGUCUCCACACUCUAAGUCAAGGGAAGAUCAA